GGACAAUUUGUGACGAUGGUAAUAAUUAUUUAUUUGUUUUUAUUUUUGCAGGACAGAUUUAGCCGCCAUCGUCGACAAACAGUCGACAGCACAAGCAGUACCGUCGAUAAAAACCCUGGAAAUAGAUACAGUUACAAUGGGGAGAGUGAAACUGCCCGUAACGGUGACAGAGGGAACGAUACUACUCUCAUUUAUUUCAUUACGCCUACAUAUCCACGGAGAGAGCAAAUUGCCGAGCUCACCAGAUUGGGUCAGACACUAAUGCAUGUCUCCCGACUUUAUUGGAUAGUAGCUGACGACCGACCCGACUGCAGUCUACAAAUAAUGAACCUACUGCCAGAUUUCAGCAUUCCUUACACGUAUAUUGCCAGCCCUAUGCCAUCGAUAUAUAAACACAACCCCAACGCCAUGCCCCGUGGUGUUUCCAACCGUAGAGCUGCUCUCAACUGGAUAAGACUGAACCACAACAUUAAUGACUCGAACGCUGUAAUUUAUUUUGGCGACGAUGACAAUACGUUCCAUCUGGACCUUUUCAAGGAAAUACGUACCACAAAGAAAAUAUCAAUGUUCCCGGUUGGCUUGGUCGGAGAGUAUGGUGUUAGUUCACCAAUUAUUGAUAAAGGAAAAGUAGUUGGCUUUUUUGAUAGCUGGGCCAGCAAAAGA